GUCACCAUCGGUCAUCGCUGAUUCAACUCCUCGUUCUUUGCUGUAUAUUAAUGUUCCAUUCCUGAUUGUGGAGGACUGUGCUUUGCCUUUUCCAAUUCCCCUACCUCCUUCCGUUCUCCUCCUUUUCUUCCCCUUCCAAACACCACCCCCCAUCGCUCCGUCACUAUGUCUUCCCGCUUCGGACUCCGCUUUCUCCAGAACUCAAGGGCAGCGUUCCAGAAUGCCGCCGCCCCCUUCCGCAGACAGAUGCUUCGCAGCCGGCGAUUCCAGAGCACAGAGGCUGCCGCAGAGACAAAGCAAAGUUUCUUGCAAAGAUCAUGGAACAGCCCGGUUGGAGUGAAGACUGUGCAUUUCUGGGCUCCAGUAAUGAAGUGGAUUCUCGUCAUUGCAGGACUCGGUGAUAUGGCUCGACCAGCCGACAAACUCUCCCUGACGCAAAAUGCCGCGUUGAUGUUCACAGGUGCGAUUUGGACGAGAUGGUGCCUGAUCAUUAAACCAAAGAACAUCCUGCUUGCUACUGUGAACUUCUUCGUCGGCUGCCUUGGAUUCACGCAGGUUACCCGUAUCUUUUUGCACAGACGGUCUGUGGAUGGGUCUACCACUGCUGCCCUCAAAGACAUGGGACACGAAGCCACGGAUUCUGCGAAGGAGAUGGCCCAUAAAGCGGAAGAUGUGGUUGUGAAGAAACAUUGAGUCAGCUGAUGCGAUCGGGUGUGUGGAGUGUGGAUUGGUUGAAGCUUGAUAGGUAAACUAUGCUCUUUCACUUGCCUAUCGAGCAUAAGUGCGGUGAUGAAGUGCCAGAUUGACUAUGACAUUGAGUGAACCAAGGUAAUUACCAACUUUGCCCGGUUUUCCAGUGCGCAUGAGGAUUGCUUUGUCAGCAAAAGCUAUUCCAUUUUAUUUGAUCUUUGGAUUUGUUCUUUUUUGAGAUGUAUGUAGAUCAUCUCUCUCUGUAUGUUUUAUAGAGCUAAAAGGCUAUGCUUAAGUUGGGAACAAAUUGA